AUGGCACCAAGCGAUUUCUUGAAUUACUUGAGGGCCAACCCGACCCCGGCAGCAAUGCCACCCAACGAUGAGGCUCAGCGACGCAGCGAAGAGCUGGUCGCCCUCAGAGGUGUCCUCGGAGACACCAAGGCGUGUCAAAUCGCCCAUGAAGAGGCAGAGCAAGAAGACCUCGCGGACCUCGAAGCUGCUCGCCACGACCAUGAGCAACGUCGUGGAUAUCUCCUUCACGACGUUGGCUCAACCGCGGCUCGACAGGGCAUACGAAAGUCCGUCAGCAACAUUCGGCGAAGCCGCAAGGAGAACUUCCGCCGAGGUACGCAGCUGCUCGCCUCUCAGGACGACGACAUGGCCGACGAUGCGACGCCAAAAGCCCUUCCGCCUGCGGCCCUCCCAAAGGCCAAAUCCAAGACUCCCGUUCUCAAGAGCAUGGACAAGAGCAAGGGAGAGCAUCGUGCUCCGGCGCCAACGGCUCCUUGGGCAGGUUUCAACCAGAAAUCUGCUAUCCAGGAGGCGAACGCCAAAGCAGCGAAGAAGGCAAACGGCCCCGCACCGUCGCCAGCCACCACCACCACCACCAAAGCACCAGAGCCCUCAGAGUUUGGGGGGAACCCUGAAGUUACAGCAGGCUGCCAGGCCUUUUGGACCGGGCAGGCCUGCAACGGCGAUUGCAACCAGAGCCAUGACUUUCCUUUCCAGGUUAGGUAUCUCUGGGAGCUUAAUCGCCAGAACUUCCCCUCCGGCUCGCUCCAGGAGAAAGCGUCCGUUCUAGUCAUGAACGGCACCCAUCGCUGGCCAGCAAGUGUGCUCGCCGACAUGGCGAGACCGCCUCUGCGCCGCCAAAAUCGCGGUGAGCCAUGCAAGUUCUUCUGGAGUAGAGGCUCGUGCAAAAACGGUCGAAACUGCGCACACGGCCACGUUACCUUCGAGGAGGAGUCUUACAAAGACCUCGCUCUGCUCUAUUCUCAAGGUAACCUCAGCCGUUUGGCUGAAAAGACUCUGGAGGAUCGUUGCAAGCUUGAGGGAUGGACGGAUAAUCUAAAGGCGCUCCGUAACAGCAAGGACGUUCGCCUACGGAUGUCCAGGCAGCCGUCGCCGCCCCCUCCUCUCUCAGCCAAGCAACAGCGCGCCAACGCGAUGCUGCAGAAUCAGCUGGACCUCAAUCGGCGUGCCAAGGCACGUGGAUGUCCCCAGUAG